GUUCGUCGACGGAGCAGACGUGGCCAUUUUGAGUGCAUUUUGGCGCUCAAUUCUUCACGUGUUUGGAUCAUGGACAAUUUGGAAUCGUCGUCGUCGUCGUCGUCGUCGUCGUCGGAGCUAUCGUGUGUAGAUUGCUGACCGAAGCUGCUGCUGAUGUUGUUCCGCGCGUGUUGACGAUUUGAUUAGCGCGUUUGUGCGGGAGUCUCCUAUGCCCUUAUUUACUCUCGCGGACGAAACGACGCCAGCCGAGGCGGCCAUCCCGCCGACCCGUUGGUAAUACCAAACAACAACAACAACAACAAAAAGGACAACAAAGAAAAGUGUGUGUACGUUCUCUAUAAAUGUAUCAAACGGAAAAAGAAGAAGAAGAAACGGGAGCCGGGAGAAUAGUUUAUUGAUUUGGAAAUAGUUUUUUCCCCGACGAAUAUAAGAACGUGAUACCAAUUGAAGAAUAGAUCCCCCCACCCACCCCACCAACCCACCCAUCCCUCUAUUGCGGAUGUUCCUAUAUAUCUGUAUUCUUCACCUCCUCAUAUAUAUCUAUGUAUUGUUGCGCGCCCUUUGUGCGUUAUCAUAUUGCUUUGAGGGCUGCUGCUGCUGACUGGGAUGGAAAAGCCCAUCCGCAGAGAUCCGGACCGGUCGUGACAUCUACUGAUCUUCACGAGCUAAACGCCAGGAUCGGACGGCCAAGGCUAGGCCAAACUUGGUCUUCCGUGAUUAUUAUUUUUGUUCAAGUCACGUUUGAAGAUUUGAUAAGCAUCCGCACGUUGUUAUGCAUUAAAUCAUUGGAAUGAUUGAUGGCUUCUCUUUUGGCGAUGGAGCAGCAAAUGUAAUUAGGUGGUUGCGAGAACAGUUUGCAGCACUCUGGCGGUAUGGUGACGAUAUAAAUCAUCCGUGAUUGCGUUUACGACAUCGCAUAAAGUAGAAAUUCCGACCGCCAGAUGGUCCAACUUUGAUGGUACCCAUCCGGGCCGGCCGGCCAAACCAGGGAAGAAAUAAGCAAAAUCUCAACCACGACUGCGCCGGAUACGGUUGGUUGGCCGCCGCGAGUCUCAGCAGGAUUGCUCCGGCGUAGAAGAGUCGACUGCCGGGCUUGUCCUACGGAAGAAAUACGAAGAGGAGAGAGUGUGUUGAACAGAGGACCAAGGUGGCCGUAUUCUCAUCCGUUGGAUGUGCCAUCCUGAAUUUAAAAAAAAAACCUCCUCGAUCCGCAUUCCGGCUACGACAUAGUGACCUCCCCACCGGAAGAAAAACUCGAGUGCUGCGGUGGAAACCAACAGUUCAACACACGGCCAAUAGACAGUCUCUGCUGCUGCACGGUGUCUGGUUUCCUUUGAAUCCUCACGUCUUCGUGCAUAUCCGCCGUGUAUAUCCGCGGAGAUUGACGGAGGGAGAACAGUAGAACGACGAACGAAGAAGAAGAAGGAGGAGGUAUCUCUGUUUUUUUUCGAGGAAAGAGGAGGCGGUAGAAGGUGGUGCCAUCGGUUCAGCAGCGCAACGAUGACGACGGCCCAUAUCCUGGCAUUGCUGGCCGUCUUGACAGCUUGCUCCUUUCCGACGUCAGAAGCCAACCAGAAACAAAAUGGACCCAACAAGAAAGUCAACUUUCGUGAAAUGGAGAAACAAAUUCUCGACAAGAUUUUGGGACCGGCUCACUACGAUCGUCGCAUCCGACCCUCGGCUGCCAACGGAACAGAUGGUCCCACCAUCGUCGACAUCAACCUCAUGUUUCGUGGCAUCUCCGACAUCAGCGACAACAAAAUGCAAUUCAGCGUGAUCAUAACGUUUCGAGAAGAGUGGCUCGACGAUCGCCUCAAGUUUGAAAAUGUGCAAGGUCGGAUGAAAUAUCUCACUCUCAACGAUCCGAGCAAAGUGUGGAUGCCGGACUUGUUUUUCUCCAACGAACGCGAGGGACACUUCCACAACAUCAUUGUGCCCAAUGUCUACGUGAGAAUCUUUCCAAAUGGAUGGGUCUUGUACAGUAUCCGAAUUUCUCUGACGCUCUCGUGCCCGAUGAACCUCAAACUGUUCCCGCUGGAUCGACAAACCUGCUCGCUAUCCAUGAUCAGCUACGGAUGGACGACGGACGAUUUGGUUUUCCUAUGGCGAGCCGGUGAUCCAGUGCAAGUCGCCAAAAAUCUGCAGCUGCCGCGAUUUGCUCUCGAGAAAUUCAAAACGGACUCGUGCAACAGCAAGACCAAUACAGGAGAGUACUCGUGCCUGAAAGUGGAUCUUCUGUUCAGAAGAGAAUUCUCUUACUACUUGAUUACCAUCUACAUUCCUUGCUGCAUGUUAGUCAUCGUAUCAUGGGUGUCUUUCUGGCUGGACGCCAACGCAGUGCCGGCUCGUGUAUCGCUCGGAGUCACCACCCUACUCACGAUGGCCACCCAAACGACCGGUAUCAACAACUCACUUCCGCCAGUCUCCUACACAAAAGCCAUUGACGUGUGGACUGGUGUAUGCUUGACGUUCGUCUUUGGAGCGCUGCUGGAAUUCGCCCUCGUCAACUACGCUUCGCGAUCCGAUGCGCAUCGGGAGAAGAUGAAAAAACAGCGCAAACAGUGGGAAAUGGAACACCAAGCUGCUUUAGAUGCCAUGGCCGCUGACGGUCUUCUUGACGAUCGCAAUUCUUUUGCUAUGAAACCGCUGGUUCCAGCUAGUACCGAAGUCAUCUUCAUGGAAGAUGGACGUGAUCGUGGGCAGCAGAGAAACGACGGUAUGCAAAUAGAUACGUGUUGUCGCACCUGGAUAGGUACGCACACGUUGCGUUCGAAACGCAUCGAUGUCAUCUCCCGCAUUUUUUUCCCCCUAGUAUUCGCUGUGUUUAACAUGGCUUACUGGAGCACUUAUCUCAAUCAAGACGAUGAUACAAUAUAAUAUAAUAACCCGUUUCUCCUUUCAAUUCCCAAGAAAGAAAGAAAACCAAAUUAUAACCAAAUUCCAUGUCCGUUUUUUUUCCGCAAUAAGAAUUUCAUUGCACGUGGCGUUAAUUCCUUGUACACGUAAUGUAAGCAGUUUUUCAAAAACUGUAGCUGAAUUUUACGCUCUUUUUAACUGUGAUUUGUAUGCAGUAUACUAGUCAUUUAAUUUUCCAUUUACGUCGGUGUUGAAGAAAACUUAAACACUAAAGUAGCCUAGCGCAAUCAUUUUAGAAUUCGGUCGAUAUAUUGAUAUUAUAUUAUACUGAAGCUCACAGUAGUUGAACGAGUUAUUUGCGGACGGUCAAAGAGUUUGAAGCUUGAGAAAAGGAUUAAAUAUUCAAAAGCUGAAUUUGAAUCAACGACAUAACAAUAUAAAUU